AUGUCGUUCAGAGUGAAACCUAACACUGAAAAGAAUGAACGUGACAAGAACGGUCUUGAAAAAUAUUAUACAAAACCGAGAGACGCUGGAGCUUUUUAUGGUCCGAAGAAGUUUCACGACGCUUUGAAAAGACGUGGUUUAGAAAAAUAUAAGUUGAGCACGGUAACACAAUGGAUGAAUGACAACGAUGCAUACAGUUUGCACAAGCCGGUCAGUCGAUCAUUCAAGCGUCUCCGUGUUCGUGUUAACAAAAAAGAUGAGAUGUUUGAUAUAGAUUUGAUGGACGUUAGUCGUCAUUCAAAAGUUAACAAUGGAAUUAAGUACCUGCUUAUAGUUAUUGACAUUCUGUCAAGAUAUGCAUGGGCCAUACCACUAGUUAACAAAAAACCGGAAACCGUAUUAGAAGGAUUCAAAACUGUUUUAAAAGAUGAUCGAAUUCCCAAGAAAGUUCGGGUUGACAAAGGAACAGAGUUCGCUGGAGUAUUUAAGCAGUUUCUUUUAAAAGAAAACAUUAAACUGAUUGUCACGCAGAAUGAAGAUAUCAAAAGUAACUUCGCAGAGCGAAUAAUUAGGACACUUCGGUCGCUGCUCGCUAGGUAUACGACUUAUAACAAUACACAAAAAUACAUAGACGUUUUAGCAGAUCUAGUGCAUAAUUAUAACAAUACAAUACACUCGUCUCUGGGACUUUGGGCACCGGCUGAUGUAAAUAAAGCGAAUGAAAUUAAAGUGUGGAGACAUCUGUACGUCGAACCCAUGGUUAAGAAACUUAAAGUAAAGAAACCAUUAGCAAAAUUUGUAUUUAAAGUGGGUGAUUUAACGAGAAUCAGCUAUUUGCGCAAAUCAUUCACAAAGGAGCAGGGCUUGAGGUGGACAGAAGAGUUGUUUAAAAUACAUUCUAGAAGUAGACGACAAGGUAUUCCAGUGUACAGACUGAGAGAUUUUCACGACGAAGUGCUGAAAGGGAUAUUUUAUACCGCCGAACUUCAGAAAGUGACUAAAAAUCAGGACAUUCUGUGGAAAAUCGAGAAAGUACUAAAGAAGACAAAACGACAGGGGAAAGUGUAUUAUUUGGUUCGAUGGUUAGGUUGGCCACCUAGUUUUGAUUCGUACGUAGACGAAGGUGAACUGAAAACGGUGUAA